AUGGGCUCCAGGAUUCCAUCGAAGCCGAGAGAUCAGCUCUCCUCGCAAGAGAAGUCAGACUACGACGAUAUUAUCUGCAGCUUCACCCAGAUUGCUGAGCAUGGCUUUGGCAAGAACGGCGAAAGGUUCCUCUACAAGGACAAGGACGGGUCCUGGCUCGGUCCUUAUCCGCUGUUGAUGGCGGCCCCAAAGACUGGCAAGCUUGGCAUGCAACUGGUGUACAGCAUUGGAGAACUGCCGUUGCCGAGCGAUGUCAAGGAGACCGCGAUACUUGCCUGCGGUGGUCAUUUCCAAGCCGCAUAUGAGCUAUAUGCCCACGAAGCAGUUGCCACCGCCGCGGGAGUCCUCAGCAAAGAACAGGUCGCAGUGAUCAAGCAAGGCCACAAACCGGAGGAUCUCAAUGAGAACUGUAGUCUGGCCUUUGAUGUCGCGGUACGGCUCUGUGGCGCUCCAGGGCCGCUGCCGCAAGAGCUCUGGGACAAGAGCAUCAGAGCCUUUGGCAGAAACGGGACACUGGCGUUGGUUCACUACGUCGGAUUCUACGCGUAUAUCUGCAUUGCACUGAAUGCAGCCGAUGCGCCUGUUCCUGAAUGA